AUGCGGUCGGUGCUCUCUCCUCUUUCGUUGUCGCUUGCGUUAGCAGUCCUCCUGCUACCAUUCACCAUGGGUGUGAAGCAAGAAGACUUCAAGCAGUGCUCACAGACCUCUUUCUGUCGUCGAUUAAGGUCGAUAGCCAAUAGACAAGAGGAAGCUUCAGCGGGUUCAUUCAACUCACCUUAUUCUCUGUCUGCCCCUGAAGCAUUGGAAGUAGGGGCUUGGAAUUGGAACCUCAAGUCCACGCUUUACCCGCAGAUCAACUUUCAGCUGCGGGUUGACAUUCUGGAGGAGGGUGAUGGAAUUGUUAGAGUUCGUGUAGAUGAGGUUGACUCUACCACACCGUUCCAAAGGUAUAACGAAACUGCUCGAUGGGCUUUAUUAAACACCAAUCCUCCUUUGUCUUCCACAGCUUCAAUCAAGACUGCUUCUGGCAAGAGUAUCAUUUCCUAUGGUCCUACAGCCUCCAAACUUACUCUGGAGGUACAACACUCGCCUUUGAAAAUCACUCAACUACGAAAUGGAAAUCCGGAAAUCGUGUUCAAUGACCGGGCUCUGUUCCAUAUGGAACAUUUUAGGGUAAAAGAUGUUGAGAAAACGGAGGAGAUUUUGAGUGACUCUGAGCAGAUGAUCCUGAAUGGCAAUAAAAUGGAUAGGAGCUGGUUUGAAGAGAGCGAUAUAGAUGCUUUCGAGGAAACUUGGAAAAAAUGGACCGACUCAAAACCCAAAGGUCCCGAGGGCUUCUCUCUUGAUCUUUCAUUCCCCGGCGUCAACCACAUCUACGGUCUGCCCGAACAUGCUUCACCUCUUUCUCUUCCUGAUACCCUCGGUCCUCACGCUCACUAUUCCGAGCCAUACCGACUCUACAAUGUCGACAUCUUCGAGUAUCUUGCCGAUUCCCCUAUGUCUCUUUACGGCGCCAUACCUUUACUUCACGCUCAUUCCUCUGAACAUUCAGUCGGUGUAUUGAACCUCGUUGCGUCCGACACUUGGGUCGAUGUCCGACACGAUGCCGACGCUGUCCGAACCCACUGGGUAUCAGAAUCUGGUAUUCUUGAUGUUCUUUUGCUUCCUGGGCCUAAACCUAAGCAACUGUUCGAGCAAUAUUCCAUUCUUACUGGACCUACACCUCUACCCCCUCAGUGGUCUACAGCAUACCACCAAUGUAGAUGGAACUACAACGACGAGGAAGAUGUAUUGGAUGUACAAAGGAAAUUCGACGAAGCUGAUAUCCCAUUGGAUGUCACUUGGCUAGAUAUCGAGUAUGCCGAUGAGCACAGAUAUUUUGAUUGGAAUCACAAAUUCUUCCCUGACCCCGUGAAAAUGAUAGAUGAGGUAGCAAGCAAAGGCAGAAAGAUGGUAGCUAUUGUGGAUCCCCACAUCAAGAGAACCGAUUCCUUCCGUAUCUACUCGGAUGCUAAAGAUCUUGAUGUGCUGAUUAAGAAAUCGGAUGGAUCCAAUUUCGAGGGUUGGUGUUGGACUGGCAGCAGUGUUUGGGUGGAUUUCUUCAACGAAAACUCCUGGAGUUGGUGGACGAAGAUGUUCAAUCUUAACACGUGGAAGGAGUCUACCAACGCACUGUUCAUUUGGAACGAUAUGAACGAGCCUUCCGUAUUUGACGGCCCUGAAAUCAGUAUGCCCAGGGACAACAUCCAUGCUGGAGGAUGGGAACACCGUGAUCUACACAACAUAAACGGUAUGAUGUUCCACAAUCAAACUGCGCAAGCUCUAAUUGCUCGAGAGGUCCCUGCCAAACGGCCUUUUGUCCUUUCUAGGGCCUUCUUCGCGGGCUCGCACCGAUAUGGGGCUAUUUGGACCGGUGAUAAUAUGGGUGACUGGGAGCACCUUGCUGGUGAGACCGCGAUGUUACUCUCGAACAACAUAGCCGGAAUGGUGUUCAGUGGUGCCGAUGUCGGAGGAUUUUUUGGUAACCCUACUCCUGAACUCCUCGUCAGAUGGUAUCAAGCAGGAGCUUUCAUGCCAUUUUUCAGAGCUCAUGCUCAUAUCGAUACCAAAAGGCGUGAACCAUACCUGUUCGACGAGCCUAUCAGAGGUUAUUUGCGAGACAUCAUCAGGUUGAGAUAUCAGUUGUUACCAGUAUGGUAUAAUGCUUUCCACGAUUCCAGUUUGACUGGAGUACCUAUCAUGACACCCCAAUAUGCUGCUUUCCCCGAAGAUGAGCAAGGGUUCGCCAUAGAUGAUCAGUAUUACAUUGGUGAUUCAGGAUUGUUAACCAAACCUGUUACCCAAGAGGGAGCGGAGACUACUCAGGUGUACAUUUCCGAUGCACAACCUUACUAUGACUACUUCACUCAUCGCCUCCAUCCCGCUUCAGCUCAUCAGACUCUGACACUGAACACUCCUAUAUCUACUUUCCCAUUGUUGAUACAAGGGGGCUCAAUUCUUCCCAUCAGACAAAGAGUUCGACGAUCAUCUCCAUUAAUGUGGCAAGAUCCAUUCACUCUAAUAGUAGCUCUGUCCAAGGAAGGAACUGCAUCAGGUAAACUAUAUUUAGACGACGGAGUCAGUUACGGAUAUCUCCAAGGUGAAUAUAUCUCCAAAUCAAUCAAUUUCGAUGGAAAGUCAUUGUCGUCAACUUCGACCAAAAUUGUAACACUGUCAAAAGAGACCGGAUUGGAAACUUAUGAUCCUGAAAACAACACUUGGGCUCAAGCUAUCUCCCAUGUCAAGAUAGAAUCUGUGAUCAUACUGGGAUUGAAGAACUCUCCUAAGAGUGUCAAGUUUGAUGACCAAGAAGUGGAGUGGACAUUCGAAUAUGGUGUAGCUUCUAAUGGGAAGAAAGAAGGUGAAAGCUCAGAAUUGAAAAUCAAGAAUCCAGGUGUGGGAGUUGUGGGUGACUGGAAGAUUGCAUUUGCAUAA